GGCUACUGGGCUGAACUGCGUAGGAUCCACAGUCAAUGAACAGGAAAUGUAGGCUUCGCUUCAGCUUCGUUCUUCUUUCUUCCAACGAAAAGAAGAACUUCACGAUCAACAUGAGGAAAAUUAUUCUUUUUACAGUCAUUCUGUACGGAUUUCACUCUGCUUUAGCAGCGACACACUCCCUGCGAUAUGUCUACUCUGGAACUUCGGGAAUCCCGGACUUCCCCGAGUUCGUGGCUGUGGGUCUGGUGGACGAAGAGCAGUUUGUUUACUAUGACAGCAGGAACCACAGGAUGGUCCCCCGAGUGGAGUGGAUGGAGAAGUCUGAGGGGAAAGAUUACUGGGACAGAGAGACUCGGAAGCACAUCGGUUGGGAGCAGGUCUUCAAAAACAACAUCGAAGUGGCGAAGAAGCGCUUCAACCAGACAGGAGGCGGAAUCCACACAGUCCAGCAGAUGUACGGCUGUGAGUGGGACGAUGACACUGGGACCACUGGGGCUCAUUGUCAGUUCAGCUAUGAUGGGGAGGACUUCAUUACAAUGGAUUUCAAGACCAUGAGCUGGGUUGCUCCAGUGCGUCAGGCACUCACGACUACAUUGAAGUGGAACAGUGAUAAAGCUUACAUUGAGAGUGCCAGGAACUACUUCAGUCAGGAGUGCAUUCAGUGGCUGAAGAAGUAUUUGGACUAUGGGAAGGAAACACUGCAGAGGAAAGCCCGUCCUGAGGUGUCCCUGCUUCAGAAGGACUCCUCCUCCUCCGCUGUGAGCUGCUACGCCACUGGUUUCUUUCCCAAAAGCAUCGUGAUCAACUGGCAGAAAGAUGGAAAGGAAAUCCAUGACGAUGUGGAAACGACAGAGUUGCUGCCCAGUGGGGACGGAACUUUCCAGAUCAGGAGCAUCCUGAGAGUCUCUCCUGAGGACUUGAAGAACCACCAGUUCUCCUGUGUAGUGGAGCAUGUCAGCCUGGAUGAGAAGAUAGACAAACCAUGGAGUGAGUGA